AUGGUGCGUCUACGACAGAUACCACGCAGUGCGGCCUUCGCCUGGUCCCCGGGCCAUUCUUCUCCCUUCCUAGCGACCGGAACGCAUGUUAGAGCCGUCGACGUCGAUUUCUCCAACGAGACCUUUCUAGAAUUAUGGGAUCUCAAGCUUGAUGGUGAGAAUGUGGGAGCGGAGCUGCAGCCUGUAGCCAAGAUUAGCACAGAGUCUAGGUUCCAUGACCUUGGGUGGGCAGAGACAGAGGAUAGCACUAGAGGGCUUAUUGCGGGAGCGUUGGAGAACGGAGCCCUGAAUCUAUGGGACGCUGCAAAGCUACUGGAUGGCUCUAGCAGUGAACCAGCCAUGAAAGUGGCUGCUCAUAGCGGGGCAGUCAAAACGCUCCAAUUUCACCCUAGGCAUUCCAAUCUCCUGGCCAGUGGUGGAAGCGUAGGGGAGUUGUUUAUUACCGACUUGAAUAACAUCGAGAAUCCAACUAGACUGGGCAAAGUCGCCGCCAGCCAAGUCGAGAUAGACUGCCUCGACUGGAACAAGAAAGUACCCCAUAUCCUAGCCACGGGAAACAGUAACGGGUUCGUAACGGUAUGGGAUGCUAAGGCCGGAAAGGAGAGCUUGACCCUCAAGAACCUGGGUCGUAAGCCUGUCAGUGCUAUCGCUUGGGAUCCAGAGAAGCCUACCAGACUAGUUACGUCGAUUCCCCUCGAGACUGAUCCGGUUAUCCUUGUUUGGGACCUGCGCAACGCCAAUGCACCCGAACGAGUACUAAAGGGUCAUGAAUCCGGCGUCCUCUCACUGUCGUGGUGUCCCCAGGACCCGAGACUCCUCCUUUCCAGUGGCGAAGACAACCGAAAUAUAUGCUGGAACCCGCAGACCGGCGAGGCAUAUGGAGAAUUCCCAAUCGUUACAAAUGCCACUUUCCAGACUCGAUUCAAUCCUACCAAUCCCAAUAUUCUUGCUACUGCCUCUUUGGAUGGAAAGAUCUCCGUUCAGACGCUCCAAAACACUAAUCCCGAAACGGCGCAAAAGGGCGACGAUGCGCAACCUCUAAAUGAUGAAGACUUCUUUGCCAAAGCACAGACUCAACCACAAGGCCCUACUUUCUCCCUACCAAAAGCUCCCAAAUGGUUUGAGCGUCCUACCACCGCCAACUUUGGUUUUGGUGGAAGGGUCAUCUCAGUGGUGACUGCCCCAGGGACACGGACGUCAACUAUCCGUAUCAGCAAGUUUGAGGUAGAUGCUAGCAUUGGUGCUGCCACUGAUGCUUUUGAGUCAGCUUUGAGCUCUGGAGACGUCCGCAGUAUUUGCGAGUCUCGAGCUGCCGAGGCUAAGACCGAAGAGGAGAAAUCUGACUGGAAGGUUAUGACUACUUUGAUGUCGGAGACGCCUAGAAAGGAACUCAUUACUCACCUUGGAUUUUCUGGCGAUGUUGAUGAGGCUGCAGACAGCUUAGCCAAGCUCGGGCUGAAAACGGAGGAAUCAGAAGAAAAGAAAGUGGAGGAGAAAGAGAAGCCAUCUCUCGCACCUCCUGCAGGAGUCAGGAAACAUAAGAGGCUUACUUCUAUCUUUGAUACUGGGGCUGAUGGCGAGAGUGACAGCUUCUUGACUGACCUAUCUGCUUCCAAGGCGGCUCAGACCAACAGUCCCUUCCAGUUGUUUACGGGAGAGGAGACUGAAGCAGACAAGUCUAUCACCAAAGCUCUUAUACAGGGUCAAUUCGACAAGGCCCUUGAGAUCUGCCUCAAGGAGGACCGAAUGGCUGAUGCUCUUAUGAUCGCUCUAUCUGGUGGUCAGGAGUGCAUUGAAAAGGCCCAAGAGGCGUACUUCCUCAAGAAAUGUGAGGGGCCCAGCUACAUCCGCCUACUAGCAUCUAUCGCUGGCAAGGAUAUCUGGGACGUCGUUCAUAAUGCGGACCUUAAAAACUGGAAGGAGAUAGUUGCUGUCAUUUGCACUUUUGCUGAUGAUAAGGAUUAUCCCGAACUUUGCGAAGCUCUUGGUGAUAGGCUGGAAGAGUACUCAAGAACUCAUGAUAGCAAGGAGACUCGCAAGGACGCUUCUUUCUGCUACUUGGCCAGUUCCAAGCUGGAGAAGGUUGUGUCUAUCUGGAUUCAGGAACUCAAGGAGAAUGAGAGCAAGAUGGUUGAGACCGCCUCUGGUGAGACUGGAUUUUCGAUCCACGUCCAAGUCCUCAGAGACUUCAUCGAGAAGGUCACAGUGUUCCGCCAAGUGUCCAAGUUCGUUGACGCUGAAAAAGAUAAGCCAUCGGACUGGAAACUCACUUCUCUCUACGACAAGUACAUUGAGUAUGCCGAGAUCGUUGCUACUCAUGGCAGAUUGGAGGUAGCAGAGAAGUACCUCAGCUUACUACCAGAUAGCCAUCCGGCAGGAGGCCCUGCAAAGAACCGCAUCCAACUAGCCACCAAGAAAGCUACCACCAAGGCCGCCUCCAAAGCAGCUUCGCAUAUUCCAGCAGCCCGACAAGCUUCAACAGCCCUGCCGCAGCCAUCGCUUGGAGGAUACACUCCUGUCCAGCCUCCGGUGCCCCAGCAGCCGCCAAUGAUGAACCGUGGACCAACUCCAAACAACCCGUACGCACCACCAGCCUUCAACCAACCCGCCAACCCUUACGCCCCAAGUGCUCAGACAUCAAGCUAUGCACCCACCACCGGCUACCAACCGACACAGCAGCCGGGUAUCGCCCCUCCUUUAUUCCCCGGUCAGCAAGCCCAUGGAGUUCCGCCACCUCCCAGAGGCCUAACCCAAUCUCCCUCCACAGUAAAGCCGCACACGGAACGAAGCAAUGUCCCUGCAUGGAACGAUCUUCCCGAAGGCUUUGCAAGGACUCCAACCCCCCGACGUGGAACUCCAAGCCAGGGUCCUGCGGUCAUCAGUUCGCCGUUCCCCAAUCAGCAACAGCAGGCCCAGAGUCCUCCUCCACCUCCUGGUCCUCCAGUUGCAGGCCAUCGAGGUUCAAUGCCUGUUCCUCCACCUCCAAAGGGUCCCUUCCCAGCAGCAUCACAUGCAACUCCUCCAGGCUCUGCGGGAGGCACUCAAUUUGUACCACCGGAGCGCCCGUCGUCUACUGCUAACCUAUAUGCUCCCCCUCCAGCACAACACCCACCAACAGGAGCGGCCGGUGGUCCUCCACACAUCGCCCGCAGUGCAUCCCCUUACACUCCUCCACCAGCCGGCGCACCCCCAUCAAACCGAUAUGCCCCAGUAGCGUCGGCCCAGCCAUCUCACCCACCUGGACCACCUGGACCCUCCGGGCCUCCGGGACCACCCCAACAGGCUCCCGGCCCAGGCCCAUACGGAUCUCAGCGAUUCCAGCCUGCACCACCACCACAGGGAGGACCUCCUCAGGGCCCGUAUGCACCACAAGGAGGCCAGUUCACUCAACCUCCUCCACCACCACAUACCGGUGCUCCUCCACGACAGGACUCCCGACCAAGUACCGGCCAAUCGCAGAAGAACGCUCCCACAGCUCCUCCCAAGUACCCUGCCGGUGACCGUUCACAUAUCCCAGACAAUGCCAAGCCAAUCUUCGAAAUUCUCUCUGCUGACAUGCAGCGCGUAAAAGCUCGUGCUCCAUCUAGCUUCAAGGCUCAAGUCAACGACACUGAACGAAGACUAAACAUCCUGUUCGAUCAUUUGAACAACGAAGAUCUGCUGAAGCCUGCCACAAUUGACAGCAUGGUUGAGCUAGCUCGAGCUAUCCAGAGCAGAGAAUACGAAGCCGCGCAGGCAAUUCAUCUGGACAUUCUGACCAACCGCACUGAUGAAUGCGGAAACUGGAUGGUCGGUGUCAAACGAUUGAUUGGCAUGAGCAAAGCAACGCCAUGA